AUCAAGUUUUAUAAUUCCUCUACAGCAAUAGCUUGUUUCAUGUUCUCCGUCUCCUCCUCCUUCCCUCUCCUCUCCUCUUCUUUGCUGCUAUUCGCUUUUACGUGGCUUUAAUGGCUUCGGCCUCAGUGAAGAGAUGGUUGAGGCCUGAGGUCUAUCCGCUAUUUGUAGCAGUUGGAACAGCUGUAGGUAUUUGUGCUCUGCAAUUGAUGAGGAACAUAACGACUAAUCCUGAAGUCAGGGUUCUCAAGGAAAAUAGAAAAGCCGGAGUGUUCGAUAAUCAUGCGGAAGGGGAGAAAUAUGCAGAACACGGCCUGAGAAAAUACGUGCGGAAUAAAUCACCUCAAAUCAUGCCGUCUGUGAACGGCUUCUUCUCCGAGCCAAAUUAAAAGGGAGAUUUCUUAUUGCUGUUUUGAUUAAUUAUAAUUGCUGCCGAGUUCUCUUCUGGUUUGGUUUGUAAUUUCAGUUUGUGUGGGGGUUGUGCACUAAUU